AGAGGCAGCGCUUCGGGGUUCUGAACACACGUGUGUGAACUCUCCGUGUACAUUAGCUUGCUGGUUAGCUAUCUGCCCAUGAACUGCCUUGUGUGGCUUAGUAAAAAUCUCCCAUAUCGUACUGAAUACUAUCUAGAAUAAUAGCAAAUUACCUUAAAUCGGAAUACAGAAAUGCCGAAAGUGAAGAAGUCCAAAGGUGGAGGUGGGGAGAAAAGAGGAGUCACGGUGGCUCUUGCUGACCAGAUACUACAGGGGGACGCGGUGAAGGCAAGUGGCCGGGUGAAGAGCAGGGAUCGCCGGGAAGAGGAUGAAGACGAGUACGUGGAUGAGCGGUUGUCGCGAAAGAUCCUGGAGCAAGCACGAAUACAACAAGAGGAGCUUCAGACAGAGUAUGGGCUGGGAAAGCCUGAUAUCAAGAAACAACCCUCCACUGUUUUGGGUUCUGGCUCUCAGGAUUUGGACUCCGAUGAAGAGUGGCCAGCACUCGGCCAAGCAGGUGGUGACGAUGACGGGGAGUGUGGGACAGAAGUGGAGGUGGAUCCAGAUGAUGAGAAAGCCAUACAGAUGUUCAUGAACAAGAACCCCCCACUCAGGCGAACCCUCGCUGACAUCAUCAUGGAGAAGAUAACCGAGAAGCAAACAGAGGUGGGAACAGUGAUGUCGGAGGUUUCGGGGUGCCCCCUUCCCCAGCUGGACCCCAGAAUCACUGAGGUGUACAAAGGCGUGAAUAAGGUUCUGUCAAAAUACCGCAGUGGGAAACUACCAAAGGCUUUCAAGAUCAUCCCAGCGCUGUCAAACUGGGAACAGAUCCUGUACUUAACUGAGCCAGAGACCUGGACUGCUGCAGCCAUGUACCAGGCCACGAGGAUCUUCUCCUCCAACCUGAAGGAGCGCAUGGCCCAGCGCUUCUACAACCUGGUCCUGCUCCCACGCGUGCGGGACGACAUCGCAGAAUACAAACGGCUCAACUUCCACCUCUACAGCGCGCUGAAGAAAGCGCUUUUCAAACCGGGAGCGUGGUUCAAAGGAAUCCUGAUCCCACUGUGUGAGUCUGGGACUUGCACUCUGAGAGAGGCCAUCAUCAUCGGCAGCAUACUCACCAAGUGCUCCAUCCCUGUGCUCCACUCCAGCGCUGCCAUGCUCAAGCUGGCUGAAAUGGAGUACAACGGCGCCAACAGCAUAUUCCUGCGCCUGCUGUUGGACAAGAAGUACGCCCUGCCUUUCCGAGUGCUGGACGCCCUGGUCGCCCACUUCCUGCGCUUCCGCACCGAGAAGCGCGCCCUGCCCGUGCUGUGGCACCAGAGCCUGCUCACCUUGGCGCAGCGCUACAAGGCCGAUCUGGCCUCCGAACAGAAGGUGGCGCUGCUGGAGCUCAUUAAAAUCCAGACGCACCCGCAGAUCUCUCCCGAGGUCCGGCGGGAGCUGGUGAACUCGGAGGCACGUGACCAGGAGACCGCCACCCCCGUGAUGGCCAUGGACUGAGCGUGGGCGUGGCUCGCACACUCUCACCAGCAGAGUCCUACAGCGCUCUGUCGAGUUGAGAGACGGAAGCUCCAAGGCAUGCUUUUAAGUGCCUUGCCAUGUUACAGCCAGAACAUUUUCUGAAAUAUUUGUUCCAGCCUAGUCUUUUGUGGGCAUUGCUGGGUCCGAACAGAAUGAGGCAAAUCACGAAAAAAGUGAUGUCAUACUUGAUAUUUAAUAAAAUAUCACAAGCUUUUCCAGAACAUUAAAAUAUAAAGACGGGUGCAGAUGCCUUUGGUAAGAGAACCAUUUCGGGAAACUGUUGGGGACCCAGCAGACAGUAGGCAUCACAUCAGGCAAAUAUAUAUAUGGUCUGUUUUUUUUUCCUGUGAUGCAAGAGACGGGUAUUGAGGUCAUUUUGGUAGACACAGCAACCACACACCCAAAUAUUAAAUAAUGGCCAUAAUAUACAUUUUAUCUCAAAAAUAUGCCGUGUGGAUAUAGUAUGUUGACAUUUCUGCUAGGCUAUAAGUUGAGUGUGCAGUCCUUAUCUCAGUAUAGUAAGGGAAAUGGUGGAAUUGAUCACAAUGCAGUUCCCUGAAAUCCUAAAAUACAGUAAUAACCAAAUCACACAUAUCAACACACAGACAAACAGAACAUUGGCAGGAGACAGUGAGUGACUGGAUGUGAGUGAAGAUGUUAAAUAAAAUUGUACACCUUGAAAUGACAA